AUGCCGAUCGCCAGUGAUAUCACCCUUGACAUCUCCAAGUUCUCCCCGGAGAACGUCACGGAGUCAACAAGGAAAGCUGCAGCUCUAUUGGAAAACAUCACCACCACCGGGCCCCGAUGGUGGGAGGUAGACAUUGAAAAAUACCGUGAGAUGUGGGAGCUUGGUCAGACGUCACUGCCCAAGCCCGUCUAUCUCCCGGAGGCUCUCGAUGGCACUGUUCCUUCACGCGAUGCUGGCCGUGAGAUCCCCAUCCGCAUAUAUAAGCCCGAUAAUAGCCGGCCCAGCAAUGGCAUCUUCCUGCACUUUCAUGGGGGCGGUUUCGUGCUAUCAACGCACAAACAUUCCUAUAGCACCCUCCGAGAAUACGCCAACAAGUGCCAGCUAACGGCCAUCUCGGUCGGAUACCGUCUGGCCCCGGAACAUUUAUACCCGGCUGCCAUGUACGAUUCCAUCGACGUCGCCGAGUACAUGGCGGACCACGCAAUGGAGGUGUACGGCGCCCCCCUUCGCUUUCUCGGCGGAGAGUCAGCAGGGGCCUGUCUCGCCGCUCUAUCAGCCCUGCAGCUGAUGCGGUCACGGCCUUCUUACAAACUGUCGGGUCUCGUUCUUCCUUACGGCUUAUUUGAUCUGGCCCUCGGGCUCCCCACAGUGGCGGCUUCGAAAAAAACCCUCAUGAUAAAUCUGGAAAUCAUGGAGCGGUUCGUUGGUGCAUAUGCACCGGGCAUGAGCACCGCCGAGCGCAAAAGUCCUUGUGUAUCGCCACUAUAUGAGGACCUCCAGGCACUAGUUGCGGCGGCUCCCACUGGAUCGUUGCCCCCCGCCCUCUUCCUCUGCGGGACAGAUGACCCGUUGCUUGAUGACACGAUCCUGAUGAGUUCUAAGUGGAGCAUUGCCGGUGGGGAGACUAUUGUUAAGAUCUACCCUGGUGCCACUCAUGGUUUUACUGUAUUUCCCGGGCUGCCUGUGGCAGAAGAGGCAAAUGCGGUGACCCUGCAGUUUAUGCAGGAGAAAUUGAGCGACUCAGCGUGA